CUAUCUACUGUUCCGACCAGGAGGCGAAAAUAAAAAAGCACUAUAUUUCCACCUAGUCCAAACCACAUAUUUCCCUUUUCCCUUUUCCCCAUUACUUCGAAAUUUUGGAACCUAUUUUGGUGCUUCACAAAAUCGUCAGAUUCCUCGUCGGGGUUUUACUCCCAGGGUUUGUUUAGCACCCAAGGUUUCUCGCUCGGGGUCCAGCGCUCAUACGCCCCUCGCUUCCCGUAGCGUCGGAUCGCUCGCGCGGAAGCCGCUAUAAUGGAAGCUGCUACGAUGGAAGCCGCUCAACCAGCAGCAGCGUGCCACGUGGCAGUUGCUCAGUCGGCGGAGUGCGCUUCAGGGGCAGCAAGUGGCGGAGCUUUGUGCGCUGAUGGCGGAGAUUUGCGCGCUGACGCCAGCGCGCGUGAGAAUGAAGCGAAGAAGGACGGGGGAGAGAGUGGGGAAGGCAGAGGGGAGGGGGAAGGCGGAGAAAAGCGCGAAUGCGGAGAGGGAGGGGGAGAGAAAGAGGGGGAGAGCAGCGGCAAGGUUUCUGGUUUGGGCGGGGAAGGCGGAGCGGCGGAGGGCGAUAGGGGCGGAAAAGAGUCAGAGGAUGGUGGGCGGGGGGCGGUGGACGAUAGGAUCGGGGUUCCUUUUGAGUCAAAAGUCAGAAGUCACCUGGAUGCGAGGAGGGAGGGAGGGGAAACGAAGGAGGCGAAUGGACAGCACGCUGCAGAAGCGUUACCGAAGGACGCGAUUGUGGACGCGAGUGCGCGGGACAUCAUCCAAGGCUUGGAACCUGUUUCGAAGAACGCUGCCAGCGGGGAUACGAGUGCGCAGGACUCUGAUAAGCCGCUGUCGAAGAACGCUACUAACGGGGAUGCGAGUGCGCCGGACAGUGCGCAGGAGUCCGAUAAGCCGCUCUCGAAGAACGCGCAGAAGAAGCUGGCGAAGCGGCAGGCCAUGCAGGAGCGCAAGGAUCGCGCGCGGGAGGACGCGCGGCUUGCGCGGGAGGCGCAGCAGAAGCGCGCGGAGCAGGAGGCGGCGGCCGCGGAGGCCAGUCUGACCGCGGAGGAGCGCGCGGAAGCCGCCGCGCGGCAGCGGGAGAAGGCGGAGGCGCGAAGGGCGGUGGAGGCGGAGCGGCGGAGGGCGUGGGCGGAAAAGGCGGAGAAGGGUCCGGGGCUGAUAAUUGACUUGGAAUUUGAGGAAUUGAUGGGGGAGAGAGAACUGUCGAGUCUGCAGCAGCAGGUCAUGUUCUCCUACGCCCUCAACCAGCGCGCCCCUGCUCCCUGCAGGUUGACGCUCUCUGGCCUCCCCCCCACCAGCCCCUUCCUGCAACGCCUGCAGCGCAUCGCAGGCUUUGAAAGCUGGCAGGGCGUGACUGUGGAGCCGCGUGCUUAUAUCGAGGCAUGGCGGGGGCGGGAGGGGGAGCUGGUGUACCUCACGGCGGAUGCAGAGGAGGAGGUGGGGGAGGUGGAACCGGGGAAGGUGUAUGUGGUGGGGGGGAUUGUGGAUCGGAAUAAGUACAAGGGGUUGACCAAGGAGAAAGCGGAGAAGCAGGGGAUUAAGACGGCAAAACUGCCGAUUGGGAAGUACCUCAAUCUGAAGACGUCCAAGGUGUUAACAGUGAACCACGUGGUGGAUAUCCUGCUACAGUACCUGCAGCAUAAGGAUUGGGAGAAAGCAGUGGCUGCUGUGGUGCCUGAUAGGAAGAAGACAGACAGACAAGGGGAGGAUAAUAAUGAGAGUGAUAAUAGAGAAGCCAAGAAACCUAAGUGUGAUAGCACCUGAUUAUGCCGCUCCAGUAUACGUGCAUCGGCUUAGCCAAUCGCGUGACAUGUACAGAUUUCUCUCAUGAUAAAGUGUUCUAGUUGAUUCAACAAGUGGACUGCAUUUUUUCAACCA